AUGGCCGCCGGCGAUCGGGCGGCGGGCGCUCCGGCCGGUGAUGGGAGCAACAGGUCGGGGAGGUCCGGGGGAGGUGCUGGACGGCGGCGGGCAGCAGCUGGUGGCGCGGCGGCGGAGAUCGGGCCCGCGCACUUCCUCUCGGGCUGGAGCUUGCCGGCGGCGAGGCGGCGACCGGGGGAGGUCGGGGCGGCGAUGAUCCGGUGCCUGGGACCAAGGGGGAGGUGGUGCUCACCUCAGAGGGCAACGGCAGUGCACGGGAGUGGCGCGGCUCCAAGGUCGGCCCGCACAGGACCCGAGCGGCGGCGGGAGACCUUGGCGGCGGCCGGCGGGGCGCGGGGACGGCCGGGGACGCGCGCGCCGGGUUGCUGGAGGUCGCCGGGGUCGACAGGGGGGCUUGGCCGCAGGGGAAGUGCGUCCAAAGCGCCCCGCAAGCCUGACUCGGCCUGGCUCGGGUCUGGGCAGACCGGCUGGCUGCUGAGCCUCUUUCGCGGCCUCGGCGACGCUCGGGGGCGGCCGGAAUGCGAGCACGGCAAGGCAGGGAGGUGCUGGGAUGGCAGGGGCGGCUGGGGUUAG